UAUAUUUUUUAUUUAACUCCAAUUCUGUUUUAUUUUGUCAAUUAAACUAAGGCCAUUUACCGUAUCCGAAUGUGUCAGUAUUUCCUAAAUGUUGUCGUUUGAGGGAUCGAGAAAGAGAGUAAGAACCAUCCUUGUCACUCUUUUCUAUCUACGGCGGAUGCUCCUCGUACUAUGGGAAUUAAGGGACUAUUAGGAUUUUUAAAGUCCUCUCAAACUCCCUCCCACGUAGAGGAGUUCUCAGGUAAAACAUUGGGGGUUGAUGGUUAUGUUUGGCUACACAAAGGUGUGUUUACAUGUGCCCACGAAUUAGCAUUGCAAAAAGACACAGAUAAAUAUAUCAAAUAUGCUGUCCAUCAAGCUUUGAUGCUUCAGUACUAUGGUGUAAAACCAAUUAUUGUCUUCGAUGGAGGACCGUUACCUUGCAAAGCACCUACUGAGCAAAAACGGAAAGAGCGUCGAGAGGAAGCUUUCAAAUAUGCGAAGCAAUUAUGGGAUGAAGGAAAGAAAAGCCAAGCAUUUGCGCAGUUCUCCCACUGCGUUGAUGUUACACCUGAAAUGGCUGCAAAAGUAAUAGCUGCACUGAAGGAGCACGGAAUCUUAUCCAUCGUAGCACCAUACGAAGCAGAUUCUCAACUUGUGUAUUUGGAGAAAGAAAAGAUUAUUGAUGGGAUUAUCACAGAGGACUCAGACAUGCUUGUUUUCGGAGCAAAACGGGUUCUCUUCAAAAUGGAUAGUUUCGGAAACUGUGUUAAGAUACAGCGUGAGGACCUUUUUAAAAAACAGGAAGUAGAUUUGAGGCUUCUUUCUGAUGAAAAAUUUCGACAUAUGUCAAUUUUAUCUGGAUGUGAUUAUACAGACGGUAUCGCUGGGAUGGGUUUGAAAACUGCUCUACGUUAUAUCCUUCGAUACCAGGAUCCUCGUGCUGCUAUCCGUGCGAUGCGCCUCGACAAAAGCCUAAAAGUGCCAAUUGCUUUUGAGAAAGAAUUCUUAUUAGCAGACCUUGCUUUUCUGCAUCAGAGGGUUUAUUGUCCUAAAUUAAAACGUCUAGUGCAUUUGUCACCAAUUACGAGAGAAAUGACUCCUGAAGAAGACUCCUAUAUUGGUCCUGAUAUCGAAGACCAACUAGCAAUUGCAAUUGCCGAGGGUAGACUAGAUCCAGUGACUAAGAUCGCUUUCACCACAAAGGACUCGUUGACAAACAACGGUCUUCACCAACAAGAGUCUAAUGCUGAAUCUACGAAGAGAAAGGGUAUUACGAAGACGGACAUUUCUACCUUCUUUAUGGGAACUCGACCACCAAACAAGCGUCCCAAAAGAAUUUCUAGUAUGAACUGCAUUCCCAGUCAAGAAAAGCCAUCGAACAAAUUCAUAACUCCUCAAAAACAACAGUUACUAGUUACUGUACAGAACAAUGAAAACGAAGUUGACCACGUUAUAUCCCCCCAAAAGGAAUCACUGUCACAGACGAAGACUUCCUCAGAGCCAAGGCGGUUUGAGAAAUCCUUGUCAGACGUUAGUCAUUUGGUGAGAAAAACUGAAAACAUUCCACCGUUUUCUGCACCAGGCGGGACUAGCAAGUAUUUUUCCCAGAAGAAGCCUGAUAAAGUAAGUGAUGAUAAUGAGAAGUCUGAAAAUAUUGAAAAGGAGAAUGUUUCAAAUACUUCGCCUUCGCCAGCCCCCAAAAACUGGUUUUCUUCGUUCUCUUACAAUUCAGCUGCAUCACGCCCAACAACACCGUUAGGCAAAAUUGGCCAGGAUGCUUUAAAGCGAAGGCCUGGUCGUUCAUUACCUUUACUUUCGAAAUCAACAAUGUCUUCAAAGCCAUCUUCCCACUCAUUAACUGAACGCCCUAAAGGGGUUUUGUCAUUGCAGCAUUAUAAGUUUCGCUGAUAGUGAUUUUACUAGCUAUUUAUCUUCAUUUUUUAUGUCUAGCGUAUUAGAAUCUACAUUGUCAUUCUUUUAUAUAGUUUACUGAAUUUCCAUAUAUUUAAUUGUCAUUUUCUUU